GGCUUGGUUCUUUCCCUGCACUGUGGACUCGCGAUCAUCAUGCUGUGAUGUGGGCCGAGGCAAGAACCGGCCAACUACACAACCUGGAUCUCACCGCAGCUUGGACAUGACCGAGCCUCGUCAAUGGACAAGACGUUGCUGGCAGCGGCUGAUCGGUGGUGCAGCCAGGGAUGAUGGCGAGAGAUCAUACGACUAUUCCUCACUGCUCGCCUGUGGGGGCAAAGUCUCUCAGACCCCCAGACCAGCAGGAAGGCACCGGGUUGUUGUUCCCCACCUCUGGCCCUUCAAGGACGAGUAUGAGAAAUUCCCUGGAGCCUACGUGAAUAACCGAAUACGCACAACAAAGUACACACUUCUGAACUUUGUGCCGAGAAACUUAUUUGAACAGUUUCACAGAGUCGCCAAUUUAUAUUUCCUGUUCCUCGUUGUCCUGAACUGGGUGCCCCUGGUGGAAGCCUUCCAGAAGGAGAUCACUAUGCUGCCGCUGGUAGUGGUCCUUACAAUGAUCGCAAUUAAAGAUGGCCUGGAAGAUUAUCGGAAAUACAAGAUUGACAAACAGAUCAACAACUUAGUAACAAAAGUUUACAGUAGGAAGGAAAAAAACUACGUCGACCGAUGCUGGAAAGAUGUUACUGUUGGGGACUUUAUUCGCCUCUCCUGCAAUGAGGUGAUCCCUGCAGACAUGGUGUUACUCUUCUCCACUGAUCCGGAUGGCAUCUGUCACAUUGAGACUUCUGGUCUCGAUGGAGAGAGCAACUUAAAACAGAGGCAGGUAGUUCGGGGAUACACAGAGCAGGACUCUGAAGUUGACCCUGAGAAGUUCUCCAGUAGGAUAGAAUGUGAAAGUCCAAACAAUGACCUCAACAGAUUCCGAGGCUUCCUAGAACAUUCCAACAAAGAACGCGUGGGUCUCAGUAAAGAAAAUUUAUUACUUAGAGGAUGCACCAUUAGAAACACAGAGGCUGUUGUGGGCAUUGUGGUUUAUGCAGGUCAUGAAACCAAAGCAAUGCUGAACAACAGUGGGCCACGAUAUAAGCGCAGCAAGUUAGAAAGAAGAGCAAACACCGAUGUCCUUUGGUGUGUCCUGCUUCUGGUCAUCAUGUGUUUAACAGGUGCACUUGGUCAUGGCAUCUGGUUGAGCAGAUACGAAAGCACACUCAUUUUCUACAUCCCCGAGCCUGAUGGACGCAUCCUAUCCCCAGUGUUGGCGGGGUUCUACAUGUUUUGGACCAUGAUCAUUUUGUUACAGGUCUUGAUUCCCAUUUCUCUCUAUGUUUCCAUCGAAAUCGUGAAGCUUGGGCAAAUAUAUUUCAUUCAAAACGAUGUGGAUUUCUACAAUGAGAAAAUGAAUUCCACCGUCCAGUGCCGAGCUCUGAACAUUGCUGAGGAUCUUGGACAGAUUCAAUACCUCUUUUCUGAUAAGACGGGAACCCUCACUGAGAAUAAGAUGGUUUUUCGAAGAUGUAGUGUGGUGGGAUUUGAUUAUUGCCAUGAAGAAAAUGCCAAGAGGUUAGAGUCCUAUCAGGAAGCUGUCUCUGAAGAUGAAGAUUUUACAGACACUCUUGGCGGCUCCCUUGGCAAUAUGGUAAAACAGAGAAACCAUAGCUGCAGGACAGUGCAUAAUGGGCCUAUGGGAAGGAAGCCCUCCACUCAUGUCGCCGGGAGCUCUUUCACUCUAGGAAGUGGAGAAGGAGGCAGUGAAAUGCUUCAUUCCAGACAGGCUGCUUUCAGCAGCCCCAUGGAAACAGACGUGGUGCCAGACACAAGACUUUUGGACAAGUUUAGUCAGAUCACACCGCAGCUCUUCUCCCCGCUGGAUGAGACCACCCAGCACCCAGCACUGGAGACAUUGCACAUCAUUGACUUCUUUAUCGCGUUGGCAAUUUGCAACACAGUGGUAGUCUCUGCUCCGAACCAACCACGGCAAAAGAUCAGAUGCCCUUCCCUGGGUGGAAUGCCCAUUAAGUCUUUGGAAGAUAUUAAAAACCUCUUCCAGAGAUGGUCGGUCCGAAGAUCAAGUUCACCGUCGCUCGCUGGUGGGAAGGAGCCACCUUCUGGAGCUCCAGUCUCUUUUGUGAGCAGACUGCCUCUCCUUAAUCGAAUGAAGCUGGCGUCACCCGUGGAGGAAGAGGUCUCUCAGAGCUCCGGGGGCUCAGCCUGCUACACGGAUACAGAGAAACAGAACAGAGAUGAGAGCCCCAUGAACGGUAAGGGGGAGUGCCCCCCUGCACAGUCGCUGGCCUCCAGCCUGUGUUAUGAGGCCGAGAGCCCAGACGAGGCAGCCCUGGUGUAUGCAGCCAGGGCCUACCAGUGCACAUUGCAGUCCAGGACGCCGGAGCAGGUUACAGUGGACCUGGCUGCUUUAGGGCCAUUGACAUUUCAACUCCUGCACAUCCUCCCCUUUGAUUCAGUUCGGAAAAGAAUGUCCGUGGUGGUCCGGCACCCACUUUCCAACCAGGUUGUGGUGUACACAAAAGGAGCCGAUUCUGUGAUCAUGGAGUUGCUGUCAGCAGCCUCCCCAGAUGGAGCAAGCCUGGAGAAACAGCAGAUGACGAUAAGAGACAAAACCCAGAAACACUUGGAUGACUAUGCCAAGCGGGGCCUGCGCACCCUGUGUAUCGCCAGGAAGGUCAUGAGUGACACGGAGUACGCAGAGUGGCUGAGGAAUCAUUUUUUAGCUGAAACCAGCAUUGACAACAGGGAGGAGCUACUACUUGAAUCUGCCAUGAGGUUGGAGAACAAACUUACAUUGCUUGGGGCCACAGGCAUUGAAGACCGGCUGCAGGAGGGAGUCCCUGAAUCCAUAGAAGCCCUUCACAAAGCCGGCAUCAAGAUCUGGAUGCUGACAGGGGACAAGCAGGAGACAGCUGUCAACAUCGCUUAUGCAUGCAAACUGCUGGAGCCCAACGACAAGCUCUUUGUCCUCAAUACCCAAAGUCAAGAUGCCUGUGAGAUGCUGAUGAGCACAAUUUUGCAAGAACUUCAGAAGAAAUACCGAGUCUCUUCAGAGCAGCCGUCACUCCGUGUAGAUUUACUUCGGCCUCCUGUCCCCCAGGACUCAGGAAUACGGGCUGGACUCGUCAUCACUGGGAGGACCCUGGAGUUUGCCCUUCAAGAAAGUCUGCAAAGGCAAUUCCUGGAACUGACAUCUUGGUGUCAAGCUGUGGUUUGCUGCCGAGCCACGCCCCUGCAGAAGAGCGAAGUGGUGAAACUGGUGCGAAGCCACCUCCGGGUGAUGACCUUGGCCAUCGGUGAUGGUGCCAACGAUGUCAGCAUGAUACAAGUAGCAGACAUUGGGAUAGGAGUCUCAGGCCAGGAAGGCAUGCAGGCUGUCAUGGCCAGUGACUUUGCCAUUUCUCAGUUCAGACAUCUCAGCAAGCUCCUCCUUGUCCACGGGCACUGGUGUUACACACGACUUUCCAAUAUGAUUCUCUAUUUUUUCUAUAAGAACGUGGCCUAUGUGAACCUCCUUUUCUGGUACCAGUUCUUUUGUGGGUUUUCAGGAACAUCCAUGACUGACUACUGGGUUUUGAUCCUCUUCAACCUCUUCUUCACCUCUGCCCCUCCCGUCAUCUAUGGUGUUUUGGAGAAAGACGUGUCUGCAGACACCCUCCUGCAGCUGCCUGAACUUUACAAGAGUGGUCAGAAAUCAGAGGCAUACUCACCCCUCACCUUCUGGAUCACCUUGUUGGACGCCUUUUACCAAAGCCUGGUCUGCUUCUUUGUGCCUUACUUUACCUACCGCGGCUCUGACAUUGACAUCUUCAUGUUUGGAAACCCCCUGAACACAGCUGCACUGUUCAUCAUCCUCCUACAUCUGGUCAUCGAGAGCAAGAGUUUGACAUGGAUCCAUGUGCUGGUCAUCGUCGGCAGCAUCUUGUCCUAUUUUGUCUUUACCUUGGCCUUUGGCGCCAUGUGUGUGACUUGCAACCCCCCAUCCAACCCCUACUGGAUUAUGCAGGAGCACAUGCUGGAUCCCGUGUUCUACUUAGUUUGUGUCCUUACAACCUGCGUUGCCCUUCUGCCCAGGUUUACGUACAGAGUUCUUCAGGGAUCCCUCUUCCCAUCUCCAAUUCUGAGGGCUAAGUACUUUGACAGACUCACUCCAGAAGAGAGAACUGAAGCUCUCAAGAAGUGGAGAGAGGCUGGGAAGAAAAAUCAGCUACCCUCUCAGUGUACUGACCAAUCAGCUGAUAAGUCAGGGGGAAGACCCUUACCUGGCCCUUCUGCAGUCUUUGCAAUGAAGUCAGCAACUUCCUGUGCCAUUAAGCAAGGAGACAUAUCUGUGUGUGAAACUGCUUUCGACCCACAGUGCUCUGAAUCUAAGGCUUCUGACAUGGCUGGCUCCUCAGGAAGUUGAGAAACCAGGAUACCCCCAUGGAGUUGCAAGUCGUCUUUCAAGGUUGAAAGAAGGAUUUUGAAGGGUUU